AACCUCAAACCGUUUAGUAUCACAUUCGGAAUUCGGAGGGAUUUCCGCCGGUUUAUAAGGGUCUCCCCAGGUACUUGUGUCACCAUAUCUCUAUACACUGUAGAGCGACUGUAGUGGGUCUAGGGUUACGCGGCCAGAGGAGGGAGCUACGCCCGGCGGGAGUUCCUUAAAUUCCUUAUACCCCUCUCCUUUACAAAAGUGACGAUGAAACAAUUAUGAAUCUUGGUAACUCUGAAUACACAAACCUAGAUUUGACAUGUAUUUUGCUGCCUUCUCAUAUUCUAUAUAGUUCUAGUUCUAAUUCUAUACGAUGUACUCGUUGCUCCAAAUAAAUACAUACACCCCCUUCAACCAUUGUUUGAAAAAAAUGAUUGAAUGCUAAGUUUAAGGGGGCAUAAAUGGCACACUUUUUAGCAAUUGAUUGAAUCCUAAGUUCUGUGUUCACCAACGGCUGAAGAUUUCCUGUAGCCAUUUAGCUCAAGGGGACGUAAAUGAUGUAUCGCCUCUGCAUUGAUUUCCUGCUUCUGAUCUGUCCAAGCGAUCUGGUUCGUAAAUUGUGCUAGCAUUUACGCCUGUAUAAGACCAAAUUCUUGUUCAAGAUGGCAAAUGGACAAGAGACAUACGAACAAAUAGGUGGUGAUGACGAUAAUGAAGAAGAAGAGUAUGUGUUGCUAGAGUUGGAUGAUUGCUUUUAUUCCAACGUCCAACCAAAUUCUCCAUAUAUACUCUCUGGUUUGGAUACAUUGACUCCUACCUUGAUAGUUGGUGAUGGCCUGAAGAUGAUUGGUGAGUACAAAGAAACGGUUGGCACGUGCUAUGUAUUUUCAGAAAGUGAUGCUCCACCAAAAUCCAUUCACGACGGGAUGGCCCCUCCCAAAGAAAAUAAGGGAAAGCAAGCCAGCAAUAGCAAGGAAGCACCAGCACGAUCCAAGGCAGUGAAACAUCUCUCGAGCGUUCAAAAGAUACUCAAAUUCCGGUCCAUCGGUGAGGAUCAUCAGGACUACAGAGCAUAUCUGGACAAGGACAAAUAAUUUUAAAACCAAAUUCUAGCUGAUUAACCUUUCUUCAGAACUAGCGGCAUGCUACUCAAAAGCAUCAAUGCAUACAAAGUACAAUUUUUUUGGGUGAGCAUUCUUUUGCAACAAUUUAGAUGUGCCGAGAAUGAUUCCACUGGACAGUUUUGUUUGCAGUGAAUAUGAUGCUAGUAUAGUUAUUAGUAACAUGUUAUGACAUGUGUGUUACAACCAUGAGUUCUGUUGGACUACACUAGUUCUGUUG